GGGUUGUAGCUCGCCAGGCUGUGAUGGGUUGACAGGUGCGUGACCGUCGGUGCUCUCUGUAAGCAUGUACACCAAAAGCAAGAGUAACAGCGUGCCGUCCGACAGCCAAGCCAGGGAAAAAUUAGCUCUGUAUGUGUAUGAAUACCUGCUGCACGUUGGAGCCCAGAAGUCAGCACAGACAUUCCUCUCUGAGAUACGUUGGGAGAAGAACAUCACACUCGGCGAGCCUCCAGGAUUCCUUCACUCCUGGUGGUGUGUGUUCUGGGACCUGUACUGUGCAGCACCUGAGAGAAGAGAGACAUGCGAGCACUCCAGCGAGGCCAAGGCCUUCCACGAUUACAGUGCGGCGGCAGCUCCAGCCCCCGUCAUCGGGCACAUCCCCCCAGGAGAGGGCAUGCCAGUGGGACCCGUACCUCCAGGAUUCUUCCAGGGCUCUCCUGGCUCACAGUCCUCACCUCAUUCACAGCAUCCAUCACAUAAUCACAUGAUGGGCCCCCAUACUCAGCCUUUCAUGUCACCAAGGUACCCAGGUGGGCCCAGGACCCCCCUCAGAAUACCCAAUCAGGCACUGGGUCCCGGAAACCAGUCCUUAUUACCAGGUGGAAUGGACCCAAGACAAGGUCACCCAAAUAUGAGUGGGCCGAUGCAGAGGAUGGUGCCUCCCAGGGGAAUGGUCCCCAUUGGCCCUCAGAACUAUGGCGGAGGAAUGAGACCCCCCCUCAGUGCUCUGGUAGGCCCAGGAAUGCCUGGAAUGAAUAUGGGUCCUGCUGGAGGGAGGCCUUGGCCCAAUCCCCCUAAUGCCAACACAAUCCCGUACUCCUCAGCCUCUCCAGGGAGUUAUGUGGGACCACCUGGAGGGGGGGGUCCCCCUGGUACACCCAUAAUGCCGAGUCCAGCAGAAUCUACAAACUCUGGAGACAACAUGUACACCAUAAUUAACACAGGCCCCCCAGCUGCAAACAGACCAAAUUUCCCUAUGGGUGCUGGAGCUGAGGGGCCCAUGGGUAGCAUCACAGGAAUGGAGCCCCAUCACAUGAACGGAUCACUGGGAUCUGGUGACAUCGACAGUCUGCCCAAGAACUCUCCUGGGAACUUGAGCAUGAGUAAUCAGCCAGGCACGCCACGAGAUGACGGCGAGAUCGGAGGGAACUUCCUGAAUCCCUUCCAGAGUGAGAGUUAUUCUCCUAACAUGACAAUGAGUGUGUGAGGUGGGGAGAGAACCUGGGCUGACCAAUGAAAGUGUUUCAUGACAACAGGAGAUUUCCACGGCCACUGAAGUCAUCUUUUCCAGGGGGGCAGCUGGAUUCAGCUCACUUUUUCUUUUUUUCCCCCCAAUAAUUUAUUUGUCCCUGGUGAAGUGGUGAUGGCCUUACACAGACUUCAGCUGGAGGACUAAAGGAAUGCAGCAAGCCAAAUAAAACUGUCAAAGAGGGAGGGAUAUGUAAGGAGGACAGGAAAACAACUUCAUGUAAAUCUGUGUCACUGUGUUUACACAUUCCAAUGUCUAUUCGUCCAGAAAGACUCUGAGAUAUACACAACGGUUUCUAAGACGACAGCACAUGGAGUCCUCCGGAAACUUGUUUACUGGAGUCUCAGUCUGUGGUUUUUAAAUCCCGGAUCACUGACCAUUUCUCACAUCAACACAAACAGACAAAAGAAGACUCAUUUCAAGUAAAAUGUGUGGCUGUAUGGAUCUGACUUCAGAUUUGAGAAAUGAGAAAUGGUGGCAACUCAGAAUUCCAGAUGAGAGCAACACAAUAGCCUUCAGUGAACUGACAAGAGUCAACGCUAUUCUCUCAGUGGAAUUCUCUCCGCCAUUUUUUAUCCUGUGUAUGUGGGUGUGCAUCAGUGUGUUACUCCACGGGGCAUUCCAGUAUUGUGGGUUUGGUUAUGUGUUGUGUUUCUGGUGUCAUCUGUUGCCAAUGCAUUAACAUGACAAUCAUUAUUUCCCUUACUAUUAAUUUAAUUAUUAAGUAUCUUGAUUUCCAAAUUAUAUCAUAAAAUGACUACAAAGCACACAUUCUCACAGAUAUUGGUAUUGAUAUUUGUUUGUUUAUCACUGAUGGAUUAAAACAUGGCUGAAUCGUAAACAUAGCUCUGACUUGGAUAAAUCACGAAAUUUGGCAAGUGUUGGAAGUCUGAUGAGAAAACAAAUGAAUUCAAUGAAUCAAACAUUACAGUAUAGUCACUUUUUUUAAUCUUUUGUCUUUCCCA